GGGAGCUGUGCUGCGUUCGGAGAGGCAGCGGCUGGCCCAGCUGCUCCAAUGCAGAGCGCUCAGCUGCCUCAGAGCGGGUGGGAGCCUGCUAGCAGCGCUUGUGGUUACUCUGAUUGUUGUUUCCCGCCCGGGGCAAGGGUUGUGGCAUCCAGACGUUCUCUUGCUCAGCCGUGUUUCCCACAACCCGGAGGGCUCUGGAGCUGAGCCAGUUGCUGAUUGUUCUCUUCCCUGGAGCAGUUCAACGGGUAGAAUCUAGCGAGGGCAUUGGCAGCUUUUACUUCAGCAUCAUCCAGCCCUGCUGAGAGGCACUCGACACAGAGCGAUGGUAAAAUGCUGGCAGAGGUUUGCCUGCAGUGCGAAGCCGAUUCAGAGCCAGCAUCGUGUGAAUCUGAAACAUCACAGCUGUUACAGAUGAAUGCACUGUCUGGUUGUUCUCACUUCUGCAAUGCAAGUGCCUUUCUCUGAAGUAACCUAACCUGUGGAGGGAAGUAUUUGGGCAGCAAGGAGGACAGCAGGGCUGUUUUUCUGUGCUGAUGCAGCCUUUUGACCUUACCAUGGGCUCUAAUCUAAAAGUCAUCUUCCUGUUUCUUUGGUUGCUUCACUACGGAGGAGGAGAUGUCAGCGUACAGCAGAAACCUCUAAUCCGGGUUGCACUGCUUAAGGAAAAAGUAUCCAUCCCCUGUGAAGUCAUCUUCCCGUACACACUGAAAUACACCAGAUUUACAAUCUUCUAUUACUGGAUUAAUGCAUGGGACCAGGAAGUAUCCAUCUAUAAUAAGAAAGAACAAGUAGAUAUCCCUCCUGGAAAAGAGAAUAGGACUGCCAUCAAAUCUUACAAUCAUGAAACAAAGCCACUUGAAAGCACCUCUUCUACUGGCACGUACUACUGCAAAGUCCAAUGGAAUGACAUCCAGAUAAAGGGAAAGGGAGUGUUUGUCCUUGUUAGAGGUACAGGAUAUGCACAGACCUCUCAUGGGCGAGAAAUUCUCAUUACCUUUACCACUCUUCUGGCUGCACUGAGCAUCGCCGCAACAGCUCUGCUAGUGUGGAAAAGAAAGAUGUUGUGUCCUAAAAAGAACCAACUAAAUAUCAGGAGACAGCAGACAGAAACUCAGCCUCCUUCAGCAAGCCCACCACCAUCUUCUCCUGUUUAUGAUUGCCUGGAUUCGCAGCAAGUUGAGGUCUACUCUGUCCUCGAGAACAACGCAAAGAUCCCAGAACACAGAAAAAGUCUUCCAGGCAAGACACCUAAGAAGGAAGAAACUCUAGAAGAAUACAGUGAUACGCUGUAUGAGAAUAUCUAAGGGAAAAACUGACGCUGUGUGGAUCAGACAUCUUCCUGCGCGACAGAGCUACUUUCUACACCCUCGGUUCUCUGUGAAGACACACAGUGACUUCAGGGCACAGCCAUGGGGAACUCAUGAACCUUGGGCUCCCUCCAGACUGCACUUCAUUAGCAGCAGAAUACAUCUGUUCAGAUCCCACGGGGGCUCAGUCUGUAUUUAUGCAGCAAAGCUAUUUUGCAGCAAAGCUGUUUGAUGCAAAAGAAAAGCUGUUUUUUGUCGAGCAGUCACAUAUCUUAAAAAUGGUGCAGAUGGGAUCUGUGCAGGUUUCUCUCACCUGGCCUGGCUGAAAUACUUGAAUCUUGAUCCUCUGGAGGUGGUAUCACAGACCAGAGACCUCCCUGCUUGCUAGCUUGAUCUUUGAAUCCUGAUCUGCAGCAGUCCAUCUGAUCCUGUGCCUGUGGCUUUCCUGACACAGCCAUCAGGCCUUCAUGCAUAGUUUAACGAAGAUCCAAGCAUCCACCUGCCCAUUUUUCCUUUCUCAGGAUCCCCACAGCGAAACAUGCUUUCUCAUAAUCUGCUAAUCCCAUCAAGUAGUCACAGAUGCCUGCUGCGACCAUACUCAACUGACUCAAAUCAGUGCCUUGGGAGAAAUGCUUUCUCUUCAGCAAUAUCAGCAGUACUGGCUGAGGGAUG